AUGGGGCCCAUUUAUAAACGCUGCUUUUCGAGCUGUGCACCUGUGCGUUUUCUUGGACGCUUCCAAAAGCAUCUGGUCAACACAGCGCCCAAAGAGCAUGUUGUCAAAGAACUGGUACGACCUGUGGGACUUCGCGAGGCUCCAUCGCCAUCUGUAAGGUACAAAGAGGGCAAUUCAGUGCGGGACUUGUUCGACGAUGCCAAGACCAGUCAAAGAACGCGUGAAUUGGAAAUGCAGUUCAGCAAAGGUGGGCUGUACGACAUUUACACUUUCCGCAAAACCAAGGGCAAGUUGUUCCUGUCCCCGCCGUCAUUCUGGAAACAGGACAAAGCACAGUAUUUCCCGCAUUUGCAAGGUCGCAGCCUGGAUGACUCCAAGAACAGGGAUGUCGAGAACACGCUACAAGGCAAGCUGUCUGUGGUGCGUAUAUUCACCAGCGCGGCUGGGGAUUCGCUGGGUAAAUCCUACUUCCAGAGCGAAGAUGGUAGCGACUACCUCCAAGACGAAUCCUCCUUGAACGGAUCCGAGGAGAAACUUACUACCCAGAUCGUGGAAAUCAAUUUGACAGAAAAUUAUCUUAAGGCUCUCUUCGCUAGACUUGCCCUAGGACAGCUGAGAUCGUCAGUUCCCACAGAACGCCACUCUCGCUAUUUUCUAGCCGACAGGAAUCAGCUGUCGUUCGGAAUCCGCGAAGAACUGCAAAUCAAUAAUCUCUACACGAGCUACGUCUUGGUGGUGGACCCCCAACUCAAGAUUAGAUGGAUGGGUUGCGGUGCAGCCGACAAGAAAGAGUUUAACCUGCUUUGGAGGUGUGUGAGAGGGCUCAAGAAGGAAUUGAGCUCUAAACUGCCAUGA